UGAAAAGUACAGACUACUUUGUCUGAUGUGAUGAAUGAGUGAUGAGAGAUGGCCUUCCUCCUAUCAGACAACAUUCAACUCCAUCUUACUUUGCUUUCCUUUACUUUCCCAUCAAACUCCAAUGGCCUUUUCAGUCAUGUUUCGAAGAGUCAUCACUAAGAGUAAGAUCCAGUCCCAGCAUUCUUUGACUUUGAGGCUCUUGAGUGGGAGAGUCUUCAUCCAUAAUACCAUCAUUUCCAACACCAACAACAACAGUAUUGUGGAAAAUGGUGGUAGUGUUAAUUCAUAUCAUUGUUAUUCUUCUCAAGCAAGCUCAGUUGGCGGAGUGGGACUGCCUUCAUACAUGCGUGGAGCCGUGUUUUGGGAACCCAAUAAGCCACUCAUCAUUGAAGAGUUUCACAUGCCUCGUCCAAAGUCCGGAGAAAUUCUCAUCAAAACAAAGGCCUGUGGAGUGUGCCACUCUGAUCUCCAUCUUAUGAAAGGUGAUUUUUCAUCAUAUAUCAGUCCUUGUGUUGUGGGGCAUGAGAUAACUGGUGAAGUUGUUGAACAUGGGCCAUUCACAGACAGCAAAAUAGUAAAAAGAUACCCAAUUGGAUCUCACGUUGUUGGAGCUUUCAUCAUGCCCUGCGGUAAUUGUUUCUUCUGUUCCAAGGGUGAAGAUGAAUUAUGCGAGGAUUUCUCUGCUUAUAACCGGGCAAAAGGAACUCUUUUUGAUGGUGAAACUAGGCUGUUCCUCCGCGGUAGUGGAAAACCAAUAUUCAUGUAUUGUAUGGGAGGCCUUGCUGAAUACUGUGUUGUGCCAGCACAUGCCUUGUCUAUUUUGCCCAACUCGUUGCCAUACACAGACUCUGCAAUUCUAGGAUGUGCAGUUUUUACUGCUUAUGGCGCUAUGGCCCACGCAGCUGAGGUGCGCCCUGGGGAUUCUGUUGCUGUGAUUGGAAUUGGAGGUGUUGGUUCAAGUUGUUUGCAGAUAGCAAGAGCUUUUGGUGCCUCUGAUAUUAUUGCUGUGGAUGUUCAGGAUGAGAAACUGCAGAAAGCCAAGCAAUUUGGAGCCACUCACACAAUAAAUGCAAUUCAAGAAGAUGCUAUUGAAAAGAUAAGAGAAAUAACAGGGGGAGUGGGUGUAGACAUUGCUGUGGAAGCCUUGGGAAAACCACAGACAUUUUUCCAGUGUACACAAAGUGUGAGAGAUGGGGGAAAAGCUGUAAUGGUUGGACUUACACAAACUGGUGCUAUGGGCGAGGUGGAUAUAAACCGUCUUGUUCGUAGAAAGAUCAAAGUCAUUGGCUCCUAUGGAGCAAAGCCAAGGCAAGAUCUACCCAAGCUGGUUAGACUGGCAGAAACUGGUAUCCUCAAUAUCUCUGAUGCAGUUUCUAGAAAAUACAAAUUUGAGGAGGCAGUCCAAGCAUUCCAUGAUCUUGACCAGGGAAGUAUUGUUGGUCGAGCUGUGAUUGAGAUAAGUUAGUUCAGUUGUUCCAAACAAUAGUUGAUUGUGGCGGCUACCUACAGGCUACAGGGUAAUAGAGUCAAACCUGUCUUGCAUAAAUGACAUUCACUGGGAAUGUAUUAAUAAUCAAGUAAUAACUGGCUCUGACUUUCAUUUGCUGUAUUUUUUUAUUUCCUAUUUUCUUUUUCAUUCUGUUUCCCCUCACCCUCCUUUUUUCUUAACCUUCAUUUUCCUCGUAAUAUGAGUUGGAAAACUUGGGGA